UAAUAAUGAAUAUGCUCACCAAUUUUCUUUUUGAUCAUUCUCUCUCAAGAUCACUCUAUAUAAAGAAAGAUGCUUUUAUAUUCCAAAAUCCCUCGAUUUUUUCAAAUUUCGCAAAAAAAAAUUAUCUCCUACUUAUUGUUUACUCCUUCGAUAAAAAGUGAUCCUGUCUGGAUUCGAUCCUGACCUAUGGUUAAACCUUUGGCUAUUUCUUCUCUACCAAAUUAUACAAGUUCUAAAACCUAUUCAUAAAAAUAAACGUAUUCUUCUAGUCUGGCUUCCCUCUAAUUUCUUUGUCCAGAAUUCUAAUAGUCUAACCUUAUACCAGAAGCUAGGUCAUUUGGUCACCUAAAUUGAAGACCAUCAGUGCUAAUUUCAUGGAUUAAAUACUGAGGCCCCAAUUUCUUCAAAGACUAUGCACAACCGAGAUGUCUGCCCGGAUUUCAUAUCAAAAGAACUAUAGCAUGGGUGUUGGUACUUAUCCCCAGCAGGCUUCGUCCUGUCAAGUAGUAUUAUCUUCACUUCGAUGUUUAGUAAUGACUAAGAAGAUGGGUCUAGAGGUUAAGUGAAGGUAAACGCUUUACUUGGUUAUUAAACGGAUUGGCAGACCUCCCAAGGCAAAAUACCUUGAGAAGCUAACUAAUCUUCUGAAUUUUCUUGAUAAUAGAAGCUGCCGAUUUUGCAAUUAACUAGUAACUGAGAUGCUUAAAUUCGUAUAGGAAAUAAUAUUUUAGGCCCAGUUAUAAUCCAGCUA